AUGAAUACUGACCUCCUUUCAAUAACUUCACUUUUUCCAAAAGUGCUUACAACUGGGCUAUAUAUAUGGACCUACUAUGUUACAGUAACAAGGGUGACAGUAUUUCCAUAUAAAUUUGUAUUUUCAGUGGUUAGCUUACUUGCAAUAGUGGCCCUCUACACAUAUUUUAAGGUGAUUAACGUUGGUCCUGGCUCUCCUAUAGAUUUCCAAGAUUUGGCCAUUAGAGAUCUACAUAAUGUAGAAAUUGGAGUAGAAUUACCCCCAGAAUAUUUAACACGAAAAUCAGUAACGAUAAAACAUGAUGGUAGAUUCCGAGUUUGCCACACUUGUAAAUACUGGAAACCCGAUCGUUGUCACCAUUGUUCGUCGUGUGAACGAUGCAUUUUGAAAAUGGAUCAUCAUUGUCCUUGGUUCGCUGAAUGCAUUGGAUUCGAAAAUCAAAAGUUCUUUAUCCAAUUUUUGCUUUAUAGUACAGUUUAUUCCACUUUUGUGUUAAUUAUAACCUCAAUUCAAUUAUUUAGAUGGUUUCACUCAGGCAAAUAUUCAGAAGAAUAUAUUGAUAUCAGAGUGCUACAGAUAUGGCUAUUGGCUAUUGCAGUAACAACAUCGAUGUUUGUCUUCUCCUGGUUUACUAUAAGACAGCUAUUAAAGAAUCAAACAACUAUUGAAAUGUAUGGUCAACGUAGGUAUAGAAGAGAAUUUGAAAUCAGGCAUGGUAUGUCUCCAUCAAGUGAAAUUAAUGUGUUUGAUUUGGGUUCAAGUUCAUCAAACUGGAAAGAUGUGAUGGGUAAUUCCAUUAUUGAAUGGAUAUUACCAAUAAAGACAUUUCAAAGCCAAAGAAGUAGGUAUAGUUUGGAUGAUCACGGCUUAUACUUUAAUGUAAAUAAUUCACUUGCUACCCAAUCUUUACUAGAUGACUCGCAUCUACAGGAUCAAUUGAUGAGAAGAGUUACACCAAGAUCUUCUAUAGAUAUAGAUCAUUAUUGA